UUCGGCACUUGUUUCCAGGUGCUUACCUAAGCCUUAGGGACGAGCAUCUCCGUAACAACGGGCGGACAUGCCCAGUCAUGUUCAGGGGCACCAUGUGGGUGGUCUACAGCAGGAUAACGGAUUACAUUUCAGCAAAAACACCCUGCCAAGAAUCUGUUUCCCAUCUUUCAUACCGGUUUAACGUUAUAACGAAAACACCUCUUUCCUCUGCCGACCUCUUUCAACAGCGCUCUUGCAACAGACAAGAUCGAAAUGCGUCCAUAUGAUACGCGCAUCCGUGCAAGGCGAGGGCAACCCGUUGCCUUGGCUAUACUUGCGCUGCUUGCCUGCAGCCUCCGGUUCGCAGAUGCUGCCACUGCACCCGCCAAGACGUCCAAGUAUCUCUAUGCGUGGGCAGGGGCCCAAAACGCUUCCCUUGCGAGGGACUCGCUCUUCGUCUUCAGUGUGGAAGACGGCCCCGACUUUGGCAAGCUACUAAACAUUGUAGAGACUCCUUACAACGGACUGGAGCCGCAUCACUGCCGGACCUCCGUCACCGGCCGCUGGCUGGCCUGCAGCUGCAUGCUGGCCGUCUUCUUCAAGCUGCCCUCCAUUAUCUUCUUCAGCCUCGCUGAUCCCGCCAAGCCCGUCAUGCUGACCAAUGUCACCCUUCCUAUCCACAGCGCCGUCGCGGACGAAUUUGUAGCCACGCCGGAUGGUGGUUUCCUGGCUACCAUGAUGACCAAUGCCAGUGGCUGGGCCCCUGGUAGGGUGGCGCGCUAUGAUGGGAACCUCAAGCUCGUCGGAGAGUAUCCUGAAGAUCUGAGCCAGCUCGCCCCCGCACCCGGCUUCAACCCACAUGGCAUUGGCGCCGACUUUACGCACCAGACGAUGCUUACCGUGGAUUACUUGGAGCCUGCGAGCAGCCUGGUGGGCAACACUCUGAUAUACAGGAAAACCGCGCGGCUUUGGAGCCUGAAGAACAUGAGCAUCAUUGGCACGUACGUCCUGCCGGAGACCCAAAAAUCAAAGGGCGCAAUGGACGCCGUCGCCAUUGGCGAGACAGGUGGAUACUAUCUCACAGGAGGUAACGGCCGUCUCAUGUAUUUGAACGGGAGCCUUGGGGAAAAAGCAGUACCGGAGGUCGUCUACCAUCUUGGACCGAAAGACGGCAGUGCCGUGUCCUGCAUCUUGCAGCCCUUCCGCAGGGGCACGCGUCUGCUGAUGUCCAUGUUCGCCUAUGGCUAUGUUGUGCUGCUGAAUACGACUAACCCCCGGAGGCCUCAAGCGCUUGACGCUUAUACGCUCCCUUAUCGCGCCGGCGGACAUGUGGUCCGGAUCUCCAAGGAUGAGAGGCUCGUCGCUGUGGCUACCUACUUCUUAGACGAGGGAGCAAUUGGCCAGAUCCACUACCCGGGUGACCGCACAGUACGCUUCAUAAGGCUAAACGUUCCUGGAACGAGGUUUGUCACCAAGGAAGAGUGGCCUUACAGCCGGGGGCCCGUGCUUAACUUCACCGAGCUUCUUCCGGGCAAGGGAGGAUUCCGAACCCACGGUCUUGCAUUCCUGUAGAUGCUCAGGCCUUGCAUGCUGCUGUCAGCAUACAUCAAGAUCCACAAUGAUCGUUUCGCUACUGCUACCCUGUAUUUGCGCGGGAGGCCUGAUUGCACCUACGUACGCACGGAGGUCAUUGCAACCAGGUGGUCUCAUUGAAAGAGGAGUGAGAGCACCUUCAUCUAAAAAAGCGCAUGCCACCACAUUAUUCGUGCAGCCAGCAUGCAUUGUAUUGGGCCUCUCAGCCCGGGCCCCUCCACACUGCUUAUGCGCUCUUUUGGAGGCAUUGAGAGCUGUACGGGAACACUGUCCACGGCCUGUGACCAUCUGUUACAGCCGGGCCCUGCUGUGUUACUGGGCUAUGUCGGUUAUUCGUAGAUAGGACUGCGUUGGUUUUAGCUUGAAGAAUAGCCAUUGCCCCUUUAUGAUUCUCCCUCAUGUUUACGCUUGCCAAUUCGUGAAGCGGUAUGCGCUGCAUAUGCGCACGCCGCACAUCAGGGCAUCUGCGAUAUGCUGCCAGCAUACUGACCAUGUCUGUUGUGUACAUACACGGAUGUUUCGGCAGACAAACGAAGCCAUCUGUAUGAAGCUAAUUGCUAGGCCGUGCGUGGCAUGGUGGUUCUAGUAACGCUCCGCCGAAAAACCUAGUGCCGUGUGACGGCGAGGAGGCGGUUAGUUUUUCAGUAAGCAUGGGAGUUUUUUUACUAAACAGACAGGGUGAUGAGUUGCUUCAUUUGGCGUGCUUCCUCGUGAAGUGCAAUGUAGGGUAGAGUGUUGCGCCAUCAGAUGUGCGUCAAUGUUUGAAGCGGGUUUCGAUGCCCCGUGCGUUUGGCUCCUUCUAGGCGUGGGGUACCAGUUCGAUUUCAAGUGGCGCUGGAAGUCUUGCUUCUGUGAUUCAGCUGGCGCGCCUGCCUAAUGGUGCAGGAGUCUGCCUGCAUGUAAAGUCAAUGCGCUAAUGUAGAUGCAUGUCCUGCC